GAACAUUUCAUAAUCCACAAUGGUUAGCUGGAAUCAAAAGGCUUUAUGACAGUGGCGUGAAUGUGUAGAUCUUAGAAAAGCCAAAACCAGAAUUUUGAUCUCACAAGCAACCCCAAAUUGAUUCUUUUUUCAGGAUUCAUAGUCCCACCCACCUCACUUGCUCUGGCUGAUCAUUCACUGGUCAUGCAUGUGACUUCUUUGUGAAAUGUGAAUCCGAAUAGCUUGAUUCUCCAACCUUUGCUUUUCCUAGUCAUUAGUCCUUUGUCUUCUUCCCCAAACCUCCACCACUUUAUAAACACCCUUCUACCUCUAUGCUAGCCAUUGCUAAUCAGUGAUAGAAAUAAGGAGGAUGUCGGAUUGGGGAGCUGUGUUUGUGUCAGUCAUGUUGUUCAUACUAUUGAUGCCAGGACUGCUGAUUCAGAUACCAGGCCGUGGCCGAUUCAUUGAGUUCACCAACUUUCAAACAAGUGGAGUGUCCAUACUGGUUCAUUCCCUCAUCUACUUCACUCUCAUCUGCAUCUUCUUGUUAGCAAUUGGUGUGCACAUGUGCGAUAUAUUUGAAAUGGCGGACUGGGCGCCAGUAUUAGUCGGCGUGGUGCUGUUUGUCCUGCUGUCGCCAGGACUACUGUUCCAGUUACCGGGACACUACCGACAUGUUGAUUUCGGAGGCAUGAAGACCAACGGCAAGUCAAUCGCCGUUCACACUCUCAUCUUCGUCGCCAUAUUUGCAGUCCUCAUCAUGGCUCUUCAUCUCCACAUCUACACCGGCUGAACCGCCCCUCCUCCAUAUGUUAGGCUUUCUCUAGAUCUGCGAUUAUCUUCUAUUCUCUCUCUUAUCUUUUUUUGUCCUAGGCUUUUGAUUUUGUUUUUAGGUUUUCGCUUUGAUGUAGCUGGUGAUGUUUUGUUAUCAAAUAUACGGAUCGCAGAUCUCUUCCUUUGAAAUGUCGAUUUUGAAUCUUCGAUUGCUGAGCUUGGAGCGUGAGCUGGUGGUGAAGGCUAUCCACUGAUCCGCUGAGGAGGUAGAUCGGAGAUGUGAUGCCGGGGAAUUGGAUUACCCGACAAAACAAGGUGGCGAGAUCUGAGUAGUCAGGAAAAGUGCAGUGCAGUUCAGUGCAGCGUAGCUUUUGCAAUUGAAUAGAUUCCGUCAACUCAUCCUUGGUUGUCUUUUCUUCUUUAAAAAUGCUUUGACAAAUUGCCUGAUCUUUUUUGUAAAACUUUACUAAAAGCAGCAGGACAAUCCCCAUAUCAAUCUAAGAGUAUGUUUGAAACUGAUUUGAGAAAGGCUAAAAAUGCCUCUUAAAAUCAUUAUCAAACAGGUUUUAAGUCUGUAUGAAAAAAAUAUGUAAAGAUCAAAAUUGUUAUGACUUAAUUAUACAGAUGAUGCAUGUGAAA